AUGUCUGAGAAGCACUGGGGCAUUGUCAUGCGUACCAACAGUCUGCUCUGCGGCGUGCAUCCCCCUAAGCAGGUUGAAAAGGAAGUCACCUUGCCCAAUGGUAGAACCACCACAAUUCCAGAAGUGACCGAGUCGAUUCCGUCCAAGAAAGCCUAUUAUCCUGCUUUUGCUAUAAAACCAAGACCAAUUGCUUCUUACGAUAUCACGUUUAGUGACAGUUCCACAAGCAAGCCUGAUGGUUUUUACAGCCAGAUAGGUUUAUUAGAAGAGGCGAAAAUAGGCGCGCUUACGCAAAAGAAGGAACAGGAGGAACAGGAGACUAAAUUCCACAUUCCGCGAUUCCACAUCAACGACAAGACAAACAUCGACAUAUUCGAGACCCAAAAUUCGCAUGAAAAGACAGUUGCUGAUGCUGGUUAUACACAAGACGGAUUCAGCGCCGCCGUAGGAGGUUCAUAUGGCCCAGUGGGCGGUGGUGUUUCUGGAGGCUUCAAUAAAACCCAAAAAACCGCCACGACCAAUACUAACAGUCGUGACAAGAAGCAUCUGCAUGUUACGUACAACUAUCCACGGGUUAAAUUGCAAUUAGACGAGGACCAGCUCGAGCUGAGCCAAGAAUGCAAGGCUGAUAUUCACAAACUUCGAAAGGAGCGUACCCAGGCAGUCUUAGACCAUUUCUACCGCAAGUAUGGGGAAUUUUUCGAACCUGAAAUUUAUUUAGGAGGUCGAUUAUUUUCGUCCGAGGAAUCCGAUUCCGUGGCAGGAUCGAGUCUGUCUGAGAAGAUAACAGGACUCAAAGCAGCAGCCGGUCUUUCUAUCUCGGGCUAUGGAGUUCAAGCCAAGGUAGACUAUACUCAUGAGAACAACACUAACCAUCAAGACACGGUUAAAAGUAGCUCAUUUACGCAAACAAUCAGCUGGUGUGCAGACGGAGGGGACACCACUCUUUGUAACAAUCCUUCCGCAUGGUGCUCUACUGUCGCAUCCUUCUACAACUGGCGUGUCAUGCAGAGAACAAAGCUUGUUAGUCUAAUCGAGCAUAUUGCAAAACUGCCAGACUAUACGGACGUCCCCUUUCUGGUUCGAAACAUUGCCAAUGUUUAUGCAGACAAAGAUUAUUCACUCUUUGCUGAACUUGGAACGGCCAUUAUGGAGGAAAUGCCUGCAAGUCCUGACGGACGGGAUCCUUCUACGCAGGCCCGCUGGCGCGAUGGGUUGAUGAGACGCAUAAAAUUCCUAAAAUUCAUGGAUGAGGAGAACUCCGACACCGAGAGAAAAGGCAAUGAGGAUGAUGCAUUAUUCGAUCCAAGAUAUCAUUCGAUGUUAGCCUUCCAGAUUCCCGUCACAGAUCCAAGCAGCAUCGUAAUGCCUCAAAAAGAUGACCUUCAUCCCUUGGCCUUGCUUUAUCCAAAGGUAAGACACUCACUAAUUAAAAAAAGAACAAAAAGAGUCAUUUCAUCGCUGAUCCUGAGAAAGUUCAAAUUCGGUGUCAAAUAUCCAGUUGUGUGUGUUACUGUACGAUUUGAUACGGACGAUGAAGAUGAGGAAAAGGGAGUACGCAGACUUGACCAAGGGUAUGGCAUCCAGAUGGAGACUGAAGGCGCCGACGGAACCGCACAAAUACAUUUAUCUCCAGGGAAGGGGUCGAAUUGCAUGAUAGAAUUUCGUCGAAGCAAAGAACCGCAAAACACUUCCGGCUCUGUCAGUCACGGUCAGGGUGUUUCGGUUCUAUUGUAUUCGCUGGAGGAUGGAAAUUGCUACAGCAUUGCUGAUACGGAAGGACCAUACAUGUUUGGCAAGAAGGUGAACUUCGACACUCCUGGCCUGCAAACACUGGAUCUGGAAUACUCGGGCGAGGAAGUUUUUGGAAAUUCAAGUGCCUUGCAAAAGAAAUUCGAGGAGGAAAACGAGGCCAUCGAAGAAAUCACAGCUAAAUACCAGAAGGCCGCUGACGCAAGGAAGGCCGUUGAGGAUGCUGAGACAGCAACAGAGCAACAAAAAGAAGAAAUGAAAGCAGCACAUCAGCUACUGCUCAUGAAUUUGGAAAAGCGUUAUUUCCCUGAUUGGAUCAAACAAAAAGAGGUCAAGCUCCGUCUGGCAGAUAACACCGGUGGAGAAAAAGGCCAAAAGAUGAGGGACGACGUCAAGGCCCAGCAGAUAACCGUGACAAAUGUUCUGGAAAUGCUAGCUCUUGCAAUGGUUCCAGGGACGUCAUUACAGUCUGUGAUUGAUAUUAUGAAGGAUGAUCCAGAUCUCAAACCGUAUGCGAAUUAUGUGUGGUAUUCAGUUGUCGGUGGUGGUGAUGGGCGCGGUCCGCAGAUUAUCACUAGUCUGUCUGGUAUGCCCCUACUUUUUUACCCUGAAUAG